AUGGAGGAGCGGGGAGCCUGCUGGCUGCCAGGAUGGAAACCUGGGGAGGAGAGUGGGCUUCCCGCUGCUGAAGCUGUCUCAUCCCUAACAAGCCGCUACUUUGUGCCUGGUUACGUUUCACUCUGUCACAUCUGUAACCGGACAGGGCACAGUGCCAAAAGCUGCUACUUCCAUAAACAGAAGAGUCCUGUCUGCGUCCUUUGUGGUAUCCGAGGCCACGUCCAGAAGAACUGUCCGGGCCGCCCAUGCUCCAGCUGUGGACUGCCCUCACAUGGCCCCGGUCCCUGCAGAGUGCCCCCCGUUUGGAGGCAGCACUGCCACCGCUGUCAGAUGACCGGCCACCUGUCGGAUGCUUGCCCUGAUAUAUGGAGACAGUAUCACAUGACUAUCAGGCUAGAAGUUCCACUUAAACCAAGAAGUGAUUGCUGCCUCAAACACAAGGGUCGCCGUGCUCAUUGCUACAACUGUUCUAAAAGGGGACAUUAUGGCUAUGAGUGCACAAGGAGGAGGAUGGUCAGCGGUACUUUUGCUGUGUUGCCUUAUGUAUCCCAGUAUGACACCCUGGAGGAUGUUCUUCAGUGUCACAGCAGCAUGCAGACAGGAGCCAUGGGUAACAGAAGAUAUAAAUUGGCAAGCGUUGGAUCCGUCCCUCCAUCAGACCAAGAGCACCUGUAUGAAAUAACAAGAGAGAGCGGUGAGGAGAAAGCGUCAAUCCAUGAGAGCGGCAGAACGAAACAGGAAGCAAGUAGCCGAGCUGACCGGAGGAAAACGUGGCCAGAGAGACGCCGAGAGAGGCGUGCGGUGAAGCAGCGGAGGAGGGAGGCCCAGGCCAUGCGGGAGGGAGGACGGCUGGGGAGGUCCUGCUGCAACUCUGAUGAGGAAAGUUGUCCAGAGGACCCCUUUAGAGAAGUAUUCCAUGGCCACAGGCGGUCCAUCCCACCACCAGAGAAGAAAAGGAGGGACAACACAACUGGAAGGAAGAGCAGGGAGGCAGAGCGGUGGAGGAAGAGAGGUGGGACAAAGCGUGGGGAGUUGCACGCUCAUGGUAACAUGGAUAUUGGCAGUGAAAACUUACUCUCUCCAAAACAAAGAGUACGUCACAGAAGGAGAUGA